UCACGUGGUGCCCCUGGUUACGCCCGGUGGCUGCUGUGGGGUCUGCGGCUCUGGCAGGGGCCAUUUUGCCGAAGGCAGCCUGCCGGGGGCGACUUGGCAGCUAACUGAAGCUGUUCCUUUUCUUCCUCUGCAGCUUGGGGCUUGGAGAGGAACUGGAAGGCUGGGCUCCAUCGAGUCCUUCAGAGACGAUGGUUUCCUCCAGCCUCUGCCACCUGACGACCCUCCAUGGCGGCUGUGCCCUCUGCGCUGCGCCUCCUGCCGCAACUUCCAGCCCUCUGUGCUUGUCGCCUCCAGAGCUGCAAUCGUCCUUCCGCCCCAGAGACUGAUGAUAAUCGAGGUGGGGGCACCAUGAGAGGCGAGAAAAACUAUUGCCGUGGAGCUGCCGGAGACCACAGUUCCUGCCCACCGACACCUUCGCCUCUGGCCUCGACCCUCAUGAUGCCCGCGGAGGCAAUCACAAGUAGUUGGUCUGGGUCUGGAGGUGGUUUGUCAGGGGGAGAUGAAGAGGAGACUCGGCUUCUUCAACUCCUCCGGACUGCGCCAGAUCCUUCCGAGGCCUUCCAGGCUUUGCAGGCUGCUUUGCCGCGGCGGGGCUGUCCACUCGGCUUCCCCCGACGGAAGGAAGCAUUGUAUCGGGCCCUGGGCCGAGUGCUUGUGGAAGGAGGUAGUGAUGAGAAGCGACUCUGCUUGCAACUCCUCUCGGACGUUCUUCGGGGUCAGGGGGAGGCAGGCCAGCUGGAAGAGGCCUUUAGCUUAGCACUUCUGCCUCAACUAGUUGUCUCCUUACGAGAAGAGAAUCCAGCCCUACGGAAAGAUGCACUACAGAUCCUACAUAUAUGUCUGAAACGUAGUUCUGGACAGGUGCUGAGAACACUUAUACAACAAGGACUGGAAAGUACAGAUGCCCGGCUUCGAGCUGCCACAGCAGUGCUGUUCCCUAUCUUGCUUACUCCUGAGGAUUUGUUGUUCAGCCUAGAUCUCACCGAGGUAAUAAUAUCCCUAGCCAGAAAGCUUGGCGAUCAGGAGGUAGAAGAAGAAUCUGAGACUGCUUUCUCUGCAAUUCAGCAAAUUGGGGAACGACUUGGCCAAGAGAGAUUUCAGUCCUAUAUCUCUCGCUUGCCAUCUGCCCUGAGGAGACACUACAAUCGCCGCCUGGAGUCCCAAUUUGGAAGUCAGGUUCCUUAUUAUUUGGAACUGGAAGCCUCUGGAUUUCCUGAAGAUCCUCUCCCCUGUGCAGUGACUCUUUCUAACAGCAAUCUUAAAUUUGGGAUUAUUCCUCAAGAGCUGCAUUCAAGAUUGUUAGAUCAGGAAGACUAUAAGAACCGGACUCAGGCCGUUGAGGAAUUAAAACAGGUGAUGGGAAGAUUUAAUCCUAGUUCUACCCCUCAUUCCAGUCUUGUCGGUUUCAUUAGCUUGCUCUAUAAUCUGUUAGAUGAUUCUAACUUCAAAGUGGUUCAUGGCACACUUCAGGUCCUGCAUUUACUGGUUAUUCGCCUUGGAGAGCAGGCACAACAGUUCUUGGGACCAGUUAUAGCAGCUUCUGUCAAAGUGUUGGCAGACAACAAAUUGGUAAUCAAACAAGAAUACAUGAAAAUCUUCCUCAAGCUAAUGAAGGAAGUAGGUCCUCAACAGGUGCUUUGUUUACUCCUGGAACAUCUCAAACAUAAGCAUUCCAGAGUGAGAGAGGAGGUAGUGAACAUUUGCAUCUGCUCCCUCCUGACCUAUCCCAGCGAGGAUUUUGACUUACCCAAACUGUCUUUUAAUCUUGCCCCAGCUCUUAUAGAUAGCAAACGCAGGGUACGCCAAGCAGCUCUUGAAGCCUUUGCUGUGUUGGCAUCGUCCAUGGGCUCAGGUAAAACCAGCAUCCUUUUCAAAGCUGUGGAUACUGUUGAACUGCAAGAUAAUGGAGACGGAGUGAUGAAUGCUGUGCAGGCCAGAUUGGCUAGAAAAACCCUCCCAAGGUUAACAGAACAGGGAUUUGUGGAAUAUGCAAUACUUAUGCCAUCAUCUGCCCAGGGUAGGUCAAGCCAUCUGGCACAUGGAGCAGAUACAGACUGGCUCUUGGCUGGUAACAGAACUCAGAGUGCACACUGUCACUGUGGAGACCACACAAGGGACAGCAUGCAAAUUUAUGGAUCUUACAGUCCAACUAUCUGUACCCGAAGGGUAUUAAGUGCAGGAAAAGGAAAAAAUAAAUUGCCAUGGGAAAAUGAGCAGCCUGGAGUCUUGGGAGAAAACCAGACCUCCAAUUCCAAGGACAUAGAACAGUUUUCAGCGUAUGAUUUCAUCCCAUCUCCAAAAUUAAAGUCCUCUCAAGGAAUGCCAGUAAAUGAUGAUAUAUGUUUUAGCAGAAAAAGAGUGUCAAGAAACUUAUUUCAGAAUAGUCGAGAUUAUAACCCAGAUUCUCUUCCUGUAUGUGCUGCUGGCAGUACUGGGACUCAUCAGACAAAUGUUUCUGGGAAAUGUGGACAACUUGGAUUUUCACAGAUAUGUGGGAAAAGUGGGAGUGUGGAUUCUGACUUACAAUACCUAGGGACAGCUAACAAUCAUCAAGAUAAAGUGUAUGCUAGCCUGAAUUUUGCUCCUAAGACACAGCAGACAUUUGGUAGCCAAACAGAACGUACUUCAUCAUACUCUGGUCUAAAUCCAAGUCCAGGAGGCUUCAUCCUUCCAUCCUAUCCUCUCUCAUCACCUCGAACUAGUCCAAAGCACGCAUCUCUUACCAUAUCUCCAAAGAAGUCUCAGGAUAUUUCGAUUAACUUCUCCAAUUCCUGGCCUCUUAAAAGCUUCGAAGGGCUACCAAAGCCGAGUCCACAGAAAAAGCUUGUCAGACAAAAAUCGUCUGACCCUCCAGGUAGAAAUGAUGGAGAAAAUUCUCAAGAAAAACUUUCUCCGCUUCAACUUACACCUGCCUUGGUGAGAUCACCGUCUUCCCGACGAGGCCUAAAUGGGACCAAACCCGUCCCUCCCAUACCAAGGGGAAUCAGCCUUUUGCCUGAUAAAGCUGACUUAAGCACAGUGGGACCCAAAAAGAAAGAGCCUGAUGAUAUUUGGAAGAGUGAAAAAGAUAGUCUUACAAUUGAUCUUUCAGAAUUAGAUAUCAGAGAUAAAGAUUUGGAUCAAGAAGAGAUGCAGAGCUCUCUUAGGUCCCUUCGUAAUAGUGCAGCUAAGAAAAGAGCAAAACUGAGUGGCAGUACUUCUGAUCUUGAAAGCCCUGAUUCUGCAAUUAAGCUCGACUUGACUAUGGACUCACCAUCUCGAUCUUCCUCUCCAAACAUCAGCUCUUAUAGUGAAAGUGGAGUUUAUAGCCAAGAAUCAUUGACUUCUUCUCUGUCUACAACUCCCCAGGGGAAGAGAAUAAUGUCAGACAUAUUUCCAACAUUUGGAUCAAAAUCUUGUCCAACGAGACUUUCUUCUGCAAAGAAUAAAAUCUCUGAGAUAGCUGACCAAAGCCCCAGUGCAGGGAUUACAACAUCCAAUGUAAGCAUAAUUGGUCAACGUAUGAACUGUGGGUUUGGAUGUGGUGAUUUUGAAGAUGAUAGGUUCCAUGACAUUUCACCUAGUGUUUUCAAAAUACAAAAUAAGGAACACCCAAGACAUUAUAAACAUACAAAAGCAUUUAUAGGGUCAUCAUCAAAUUUACAGCAAAUUCCCAGUUUUGACUUCACAUCCACAAAUACCUUACCAGAAGACUCAGUGGUUGUUGUUGGAAAAGGUGUAUUUGGAAGUCCAAAUUCAGCACCAGCAGCCUGCAGCCAGUCAGUGAUAUCUUCUGUGGAAAAUGGAGAUACAUUUUCAAUUAAACAAAGCAUUGAACCACCAUCAGGAAUUUAUGGAAGAGCGGUCCAGCAAAAUAUUCCAUCAUAUGUUGAUGUUGAGAAUGAAAAGGAUAUUAAAGUUUCUAUUUCAAAAUCUACUUAUGACAAGAUGAGACAAAAGAGAAAAGAGGAAAAAGAACUUUUUGACAUUAAAGAUUGUGAAAAGAAGGAACAGAAUUCCUGGGAGCGAAUGAAACAUACAGGAACUGAGAAGAUGACAUCUGAAAACUUAAAUAUUUUUGGAGAUGAGGUGGGAAUAUCAAAAAAUGAGAGUUCCCCUUUAGAAAAUAUUGCCUUCAGCCCUCAAUUGAAAGGAGGGACCUGUUUAAAAAGGUCACCACCAUCUUUAGUGUUUUCAGAUUCAGGUGAAGCAUCUGGAGGCAUUCCACAAUAUAAAGAAAGGAUGUCUUCUGUCACUCACAGUCCUGAAAUAAUGGAUACAUCAGAACUACGGCCAUUUUCCAAACCAGAAAUAGCACUGACAGAAGCCCUUAGGCUUUUAGCUGACAAGGAUUGGGAGAAGAAAAUUGAAGGACUGAAUUUUAUUAGGUGCUUAGCUGCUUUUCAUUCUGAAAUAUUGAACACAAAGUUGCAUGAAACAAAUUUUGCAGUAGUUCAAGAGGUGAAAAAUUUACGCUCUGGAGUUUCUCGUGCUGCUGUGGUCUGUUUAAGUGAUCUUUUCACUUACCUGAAAAAAAACAUGGAUCAAGAACUAGAUACUACAGUAAAAGUUUUGUUGCACAAGGCUGGAGAAUCAAAUACAUUUAUAAGAGAAGAUGUUGACAAAGCACUGAGAGCUAUGGUCAGUAAUGUAACUCCUGCACGUGCAAUUGUUUCUCUUAUCAAUGGAGGACAAAGCCAUUUACACAUUGCAGUAAGAAGAUGUACAGCCCAGCACUUAUCAGAUGUUGUGGGAUUUAUGGAACCAGAACGUAUUUUAUCUGGAACAAAGGAUAUGGCUGACCGGAUAUUACCAGCUGCUGCCAAGUUUGCUCAGGACAGUUCACAAGAAACCAGGUACUAUGGUCGAAAAAUGCUUUUUCUUAUGAUGUGUCAUCCAAACUUUGAUAAAAUGCUUGAAAAAUAUGUCCCAUCCAAAGAUUUGCCAUAUAUUAAGGAAUCUGUUAAAAGCUUACGGCAAAAGGGCUUAGGAGAGAUACCACUAGAUACUCCUUCAGCAAAAGGAAGACGAUCUCAUACUGGCACUGUUGGAAAUACAAGGUCAUCAUCUGUUUCUAGAGAUGCUUUCAAUUCAGCUGAAAGAGAAGUAACUGAAAUUCAUGACAUCACCAGAAAAUCAGUUCCCCGCAAUUCCUUAGAAAGUGCUGAAUACAUUAAAGUCAUAACCAGUUUAUUAAAUGCAAAAGACUUCCGUGAUCGCAUUAAUGGGAUUAAGCAGCUUUUAUCGGAUACUGAAAACAAUCAAGAACUGGUUGUUGUAAACAUUGUGAAGAUCUUUGAUGCUUUUAAAUCUCGACUUCAUGAUUCCAAUAGUAAAGUAAAUCUGGUGGCUCUAGAAACAAUGCACAAAAUGAUUCCUUUGCUUAGAGACAACUUAUCUCCUAUAAUCAACAUGCUAAUUCCAGCAAUAGUAGAUAACAAUCUGAAUUCAAAGAAUCCAGGCAUCUAUGCUGCUGCCACAAAUGUUGUUCAGGCACUGAGUCAGCAUGUAGACAAUUACUUACUUCUACAGCCAUUUUGCACAAAAGCUCAGUUUUUAAAUGGAAAAGCAAAACAGGAUAUGACUGAAAAGCUUGCUGAUAUUGUUAUGGAACUUUAUCAAAGGAAGCCCCAUGCCACAGAACAGAAAGUGUUGGUUGUUUUAUGGCAUCUCUUAGGGAACAUGACAAAUAGUGGCUCUUUGCCUGGAGCUGGAGGAAAUAUACGAACAGCCACAGCUAAAUUAUCAAAAGCACUUUUUGCACAAAUGGGUCAGAAUCUGUUAAAUCAGGCUGCAUCCCAACCAUCACAUAUCAAAAAGAGUUUAGAAGAAUUGCUCGAUAUGACAAUAUGAAAUGAAUUAUGAAUCUUUGAUGAAAUAUAGUAUGAUGAAGAAAAUUGUUUACAUGAUGACAAAUGGAACUUUUUUAAAGUUACAUUUUCAGUGCCUGCACUUCUCAUCUGGUAAAUUAAGUCAAUGGCUAUUUGUAUUUGCAGCCAAUGAAUACACAUCUGCCCUAUAUCAACCCUACCACUUGUACCCAUCACACAAAAACCUAAAAUAAUUAAUAUAACCUAAUAUUCAUGAAAUCUGAGGUACAAGGAAUGAGUCCAAUUAUAUUAUUUUUGAGGAACGUCCUGCUCAUUUGCACUAUUCUAUAAGAAACCACAAUUCAUUGCCCUGUAUGUACAAUUAGAUUUGUAAUUAAAAAUAUACUUUUUAUUAUGUAAUCAUGUUCUGCUAUGUCUCAUUACUCAGCCUUAUUUUAUGAAAUGAAAGAAAAGUCAUUGAACUAUGUUAUCACAAACUAACUGUUGUGUGCUAUUUGUGAAAAACAUGUAUUUCUGAAAUCAGUCUGCUAAUAUGAUUGUGCAGUAUUAGCUUGCUUUUGCUAUUGUGUUAAUGUGAUAUAUAUGCUUACCAUUUGGGUUAAAUCAUCUACAUCAUUGUGAAAUUUAACAAGUUAUAAUGAAGCAUGAUGACCAAAGUUUAAUGCUUAAACAUUUUAAAUGCACGUUAAAGAAAACGUGUUGAAUGUAACUUACCUAUUUUUGUGUGCAAACACUAAAUUUUAUUUCUAUAUGUCCCAACAUUUAUAAAGGUGUUAUUUUGCUGCCCAGUUGUGUAAUUCUCAAAAAUAGUGCCAGGUCUUCUAUAGCUUUUCUCAGAAUUCUUGGGCUAUAAGUACUGUAUGCAUCAUAAAAAGAAAAGGAAUGUUAUAAAAAUAAAAGGAUUUAUUUCUGUAGAUGUGUGAGAGGUGUCCUAUUUUUCCACCUUCCAAAUAUGUUAAAAUAAAAAAUAUAUAUAUUAUAAUAUUGACCUUCAUUUGGUAUCCUUGAUAUAAUAAUGACCUAUCUCUAUUGACCUAACAAUAGACCUGGGUUAUAGUUCUAGCUUUAGAGGAAAUUAGCCAUGUGACCUUGGGCAAGUCACUUGCCAGGUCUAGGUCUCAGUGUUCCAAUCUCUAAAAUGUGAGGACUAGACUAGGUGAUUUUUAAGGUUCUAUCUUGUUCUAAAAAUCUAUGGUUCUGUGUCAUAGUUUACUCAAUGAUCACUUUAUUACAGUUGUGAACUAUCCUCAUUCUUUUUCAUUUCUUGUGUCACUGAGUGGUUUUCUGAUGUAUUUGGCUUCAUUUUAAAUUGUGAUUCUUUGUAUUACUCCAGGACUGCUGUGCAAUAAAAGGGGUUUUACAGCAAUUUGAA